AUGCGACCACCACCUUUCGCCGUGACCUUGGAAGAACAUGCCACACUUCCCGCCAUUGGCGACGAGAUUGACUUCUACAACAAUGUCUGGAAGACAUGGCCCGCCGUUCGAGAGGCGCUGCGAGACUUUGAUAGUAGACGGAUCUCAGACCUCGAUGGGGGUAAUGUCCGUCUUCAGGUCAUCUCCUCUCUGCCAGGCAUGGCCAGUAUCAAUCCAUCAGGCUGUCGUGCAGGAAACGACGAGCUUGCUGCUCACAUCGCUAGGCAUCCUGGAAGAUUCGCCGGAUUCGCUGCAUUGCCGAUGGAGAGGCCAGAGGAAGCCGCUGCAGAAUUGAAGAGAACAGUUCGGGAACACGGAUUCGUCGGCGCCAUGGUCGACAACAACCUCGCCGAUGGAACGCAUUACCACGAGAAGCGCUUCUGGCCCGUCUUCGAAGCCGCGCAGGAGCUCGACGUACCCAUCUACACCCACCCUUCACCACCAAGCGCCGAAAGCCUCAAGACUCGAUUCGCAGGCCCAUGGCCUACCGUCGUCUCCACGGGAAUCGCAACCGGAUGCUGGGGCUGGCACGAAGACGUGGGACUGCACAUCAUCCAGCUCUUCGCAGCCGGGUUGUUCAAACAAUUCCCUCGUCUGAAGAUCAUAAUCGGCCACAUGGGCGAGCUGAUCCCCAUGAUGAUCGACCGGCUCGACGGCUCGCGGUUCUUCAGCAAAGGCGACGUCGGCAAGUUCUCGGAUGUGUGGGAUCGGAAUAUCUGGGUGACUUCGAGUGGGAUGUUCAGUGUGAGGGUUUUGGAGAUGUUGCUGCAGGUGACGAAGAAGGAGAGGGUGUUGUUUAGUAUUGAUACGCCUUUUAAUGCCAGCGAGAGGGGUUUGAAGUUUUUAGAGGAGCUUGCUGAGAAAGAGGUUUUUGAGAGUCAGGAGGAGCUUGAUGGGUUUGCGUAUGGGAAUGCUGUUCGGUUGUUGAAGUUGGAUGUUGAUGGUGUGGAAGGAUGA